CACAGUUUAGGCGAUCCGUUGGCAGACAUCACAUAAACUGUUCAUCCCAUGCGUUGACGGGUUCCCACCUUGUGGAUUUGUGGCAGUUUUUCACUUGUGACAUUGCUGUAAAGGAAAUACUGGGAAUUUAUUUUUACAAUUUUUUACAAUUAUCUUCUGAAAAAUAUGUGGACCAAUCUCUAUAUGUCAGUAUAAAUAAACUAAAACGUUAUUGGGCUUCCAUUAUGUUGGACUUGUACUUUAUUUCGCCUCGGAUAUCAUGUGGCAGAUUUACGGCUUUCGCUUUGACCUUGUGCUGGACGAUCUCCUGGGAGGGAACCGAGAGGAGAAGAGUCUGAGAUCUCUAGUUAAUGAAAGGUUGGCUCUUUAUGUGUAUGAGUACCUGCUGCAUGUGGGAGCACAGAAGUCAGCACAGACCUUCCUCUCAGAGAUCCGAUGGGAGAAGAACAUCACAUUAGGAGAACCCCCGGGGUUCCUGCACUCAUGGUGGUGUGUUUUUUGGGACCUGUACUGUGCAGCUCCAGAGAGAAGAGACACAUGUGAACACUCCAGCGAGGCCAAAGCCUUCCAUGACUACAGCGCUGCAGCAGCUCCAAGCCCCGUCCUUGGGAAUCUCCCCCCAGGAGAAGGCAUGCCAGUCGGGCCAGUUCCUCCAGGAUUCUUUCAGCCAUUUAUGUCACCUCGAUACCCCGGCGGACCCAGACCACCCCUCAGAUUACCUAAUCAGGGCCUUGGAGGAGUUCCAGGCAGCCAGCCCAUGUUACCAAGUGGAAUGGAUCCCACGAGACAGCAAGGUCAUCCAAACAUGGGAGGGCCGAUGCAGAGGAUGACUCCACCCAGGGGCAUGGUGCCACUAGGGCCUCAGAACUACGGAGGGGGCAUGAGACCACCACUGAAUGCCCUGGUUGGUCCUGGGAUGCCUGGAAUGAGCAUGGGACCUGGUGGUGGUAGACCUUGGCCAAAUCCUCCAAACUCCAACUCUACCCCUUACUCGUCUGCAUCUCCAGGAAGUUAUGUGGUAUGUAUGUUCAUGUUGACGCUGUUGAUAUUUAGCAGAAUAGGCUGUAAUUCAUUAGUUAUGGAAACCAAACUCUGGUUUCAGGGACCUCCAGGAGGAGGAGGGCCACCUGGAACCCCAAUAAUGCCGAGCCCAGCAGAUUCAACCAACUCCGGCGACAACAUGUACACUAUGAUAAACACAGUCCCUCCGGGUGGAAGCCGACCAAAUUUCCCUAUGGGUGCAGGUAGCGACGGACCAUUAGGGGGAAUGGCUGGAAUGGAGCCCCAUCACAUGAACGGAUCCUUAGGAUCAGGUGAUAUGGACAGUCUCCCCAAGAACUCUCCUGGUAACCUAAGUAUGAGCAACCAACCAGGGACACCCAGGGAGGAUGGAGAGAUGGGAGGAAACUUCCUUAACCCUUUUCAGAAUGAAAGCUAUUCUCCAAACAUGACGAUGAGCGUGUGAAGGCUCUGGAAGCAGUUUGGUCCGUCGCUCAUUAACCUGGUGUGGAUGGGUGAAAAGCAGAGGGACAGGAUGUGAUGUCAUCUAGGCCAGUGACUCUUCCACUGCAACCGCCUGCCCAGUCGGGACAGUCGCCCCAGGCACCAUCCUUCCACUGACCCCCGACCUCUCCAUUGGUUUCUGUCCUGUUUCUUCUCCUGUUCUAAGUGGUGACCCAGCUACAUUCAUCAGUUCUUCCUCUGCAACCAUGAGACUGUACAAAGGAACCAAAUUGACCCAGAGGAGAACUCUUUGUAUAUUUGCAUACAGUGUGUAGGAGACAGUGCACACGCUCCUUUUGCAGACAGAUGUUUUCUGCCUUUUGCAUCAUAUCACAGAGUUCAGUAUCGACGAAACAAAAUGCAGUAUCCUAAAGUUUAAAUUCCCAAAGGAUUUGAAUAGACAAAAAUAUGUUUUGAUUGAUUCAUUGAUUAGUCAAACUGGUUGACAUUAUCUUUCGUCUUUUCUCGACAACUUACUUCAUCAAUAGACAAGUGCAUCACAUCACAGCCAUAUUGCCUCGUGGUUUUAUUUGAGGCUUGUGCAGUUAGAUGUAGCUCUUUCUGCAUUUACGGUUGUCUAAAUCUGUAACACCACCAACGUUUUAUAUGUUUUAUGUUCUGCGUGGUUGAUAUUUUCAAAUUUCCAUCCACAAACAAAUUCGAGACAUUUUAAUCCGUCUCGGCCGUUAAGGCAGACGAUCAGAAUUAAGACAAUAAUCCUAAUUUACACGAAGUCUUCAGCACAAAUUGAAAUAUGUGUUUGCAUUUUCAUUUUGAAAUUACAUUAAAGGGUUAUUUUAAUAAGUGUGCUCAAAGCUUAAUGUGAGACUAUGAACUUUUGUGGAACAGUAAUCAUUCAGUGAAAAGGGUCAGUGUUAAAACAGAAUAUAUAAGUGGCUUUAUAAUAUCUAAAAACGAACGCUUCGAAUGAAUUCCGAAUUGAACAUUUGUACUUUUUUAUAAGUAACAAUACUUGUAUUAAGGAGAAUGUGUUAUUUCUUCUUUCAAAAGUUCCAUAGUCUUCCUUUAAGUCAUAUGGGAUCAGACACUAUGGCAGAUGUAACUUUGUCAGCACAAAGGUUAACAAUCAACAGCACUGUACAGGCGAAACGUUUUGUUUUGUGGGCCACUUUGAACCAGUAGUUAAAUAAUGUUUUGGUUUGGUUAGCUGACGCCUCUCUCAUCUCUAAUUCUGGAUCCAAUUGGUUCAUCAGCCACAGUGGCAGAAUGGGUACAAUGGACAAUAAUCUUCUAACAUAAAAUGUUAAAAUUAGGAACCAUAAACGGUCACCUCGGACUCUCACACUUAAUUAUCAUCCGGCUAAACUGUGAUUUUAGUAUGAUAUGAGAAGUUGGUUGGUACAGAAAGCUGAAGUAAGCUUGUUUUUAAUCGAUGUUUAAAACUUUUUUCACUGCCCAGGAUGAAUUAUCAUCAUGUAAAAAGGGUCAAUACUCCUGUGAACAUUCUCCUUUCCCUCCCCUGACUGCGUGUACAGUGUACAGCUCACAAAUGUAGCUCCUCUGUCUCGUAUGUGUAUUUGAUAUUAUUAUUAUUAUUAUUAUUUAAAGAUAACUCUGGAGAGAAUUACUGCAGAAGGGAGCGACUGAACAGAGGUGUUUUAUUUUGUUUUUGUGUUAGAUCGAAGCCAUAGGUGGGAGUUUAAGAAGAUGCAUUUGUAAAUCGGAUCAUGUUUUGUUUUUUUUUGUUUCUGUUUUGUGGCGGUAUGUGGGACUCCAUUUGUGAUGUGUUCAUUUUCUCUUUUUUAUUCUUGUAUUAUGUUUUUGUAAAUACACAGAGAAGUUUCAUGGGUUUUGAAUAUGCUGGUAUAAAGCUUCUCUUCCCUUAAA